AUGAAGUUAUCAGAUGAACAAGUAAAAUCAGAGCUUACCAAAAUGCAAGCUUUCAUUGAAAAGGAAGCCAAAGAAAAAGCCAAAGAAAUCAGAUUGAAAGCAGAUGAAGAAUAUGAAAUUGAAAAAGCAUCAAUAGUAAGAAGUGAAACUGCCGCUAUUGAUGCUAAUUAUGAAGCAAAAUUAAAGAAAGCUAGUUUAGCUCAACAAAUCACCAAAUCAACAAUUGGCAACAAGACAAGAUUAAGAAUCCUUAGUUCCAAGGAUCAAAUCUUGAAUGAAAUCUUUGAUGCUGUUGAAAUUGAAUUAAAAAAUUUGACUAAAGAUAAAGCUAAAUAUUUACCUAUUUUAGUGGGAUUAAUUGAAGAAGGUGUAUUGGCAUUAAUGGAAAAUGAAGUAAGUAUUAAAAUUAGACAGCAAGAUUUAGAAGUUGCUAAAGAAGCAAUUGAAAUCGCUGCAAAGAGCUUUGCUGAAAAGGCGGGAUUUGAUGUUCUGAUUACAAUUAAUGAAAAAGAUUUCUUGAGUUCAGACAUCGCUGGUGGGGUUGCUAUUGUUAACGGAAGUGGGAAGAUUGAAGUUAAUAAUACUUUAGAAGAAAGAUUAAAGAUAUUAUCAGAAGAAGCUUUACCUGCAAUUAGAUUGGAAUUAUUUGGUCCAUCGGCUACCAGAAAAUUCUUUGAUUAG